AUGGCGGAAGCUCAGCAGACUCCCACUUUCAAGCUCGUUCUUUGCGGUGAUGGCGGCACUGGCAAGACCACCUUCGUCAAGCGCCAUCUGACUGGAGAGUUCGAGAAGAAGUACAUCGCCACGCUCGGUGUCGAGGUUCACCCUCUCGGCUUCACCACCAACCUCGGCCAGAUCCAGUUCGAUGUCUGGGAUACCGCGGGGCAGGAGAAGUUCGGUGGUCUCCGUGACGGCUACUACAUCAACGGCCAGUGCGGUAUCAUCAUGUUCGACGUCACUUCCCGCAUCACGUACAAGAACGUCCCCAACUGGCACCGUGACCUCGUCCGUGUCUGCGAGAACAUCCCGAUCGUCCUUACCGGCAACAAGGUCGACGUGAAGGAGCGCAAGGUCAAGGCGAAGACCAUCACCUUCCACCGCAAGAAGAACCUCCAGUACUACGACAUCUCCGCCAAGUCCAACUACAACUUCGAGAAGCCAUUCCUGUGGCUCGCACGCAAGCUGGUCGGCAACCAGUCUCUUGACUUCGUCGCUGCCCCAGCUCUUGCCCCACCAGAGGUCCAGGUCGACCAGGCCGCUAUGGAGCAGUACCAGAAGGAGAUGGCGGACGCGGCUCAGAUGCCACUGCCCGACGAGGACGAUGCCGACUUGUAA